GUCCCCUCAGCCGCCGCUGCUGCCCCAAACUUUGGCCAGCGCCGCCCGGGCUCCGCGCCAGGGACGAGCCAGGAAUUUUCAAGAUGAAUUAUACUAAGUCCAGCCCACUGGCAGAAGCAACUGCAAUAGGUUUUACACCUGAGUUAGAAAGACUCCUACCUGUGCCUUCCAAUGAGACCACUUGUGAAAACUGGAGAGAGAUACAUCAUCUAGUUUUUCAUGUAGCAAAUAUUUUUUUCGCAAUUGGAUUGGUUAUUCCAACUACACUUCACCUUCAUAUGAUACUUCUUAGGGGGAUGUUAGCUGUAGGAUGUGCCCUUUAUGUUGUCUGGGCCACUCUCUACCGAUGUGCCUUGGAUAUCAUGAUUUGGAAUUCGGUGUUCCUGGGGAUCAACAUUUUGCAUCUUUCAUAUCUUUUGUACAAGAAAAGACCGGUAAAGAUCGAAAAGGAACUCAGAAGCAUCUACCGGCGAUUGUUUGAACCCCUCCGUGUGUCUCCAGAUUUGUUCAGAAGAUUAACUGGACAGUUUUGCAUGAUCCAAACGUUGAAAAAGGGCGAGAGCUAUGCUGUGGAGGAUCUAACCUCAGUUGAUGACCGUCUGAGUAUUCUCCUGAAAGGAAAAAUGAAGGUUUCCUAUCGAGGACAUUUUCUGCAUAACAUUUACCCCUGUGCCUUUAUAGAUUCUCCUGAAUUUAGAUCAACCCAGAUGCACAAAGGUGAAAAAUUCCAGGUCACCAUUAUUGCAGAUGAUAAUUGCAGAUUUUUAUGCUGGUCAAGAGAAAGAUUAACAUACUUUCUGGAAUCAGAGCCUUUUCUGUAUGAAAUAUUUAGAUAUCUUAUAGGAAAAGACAUUACAAACAAGCUCUACUCAUUGAAUGAUCCCACCUUAAAUGAUAAAAAGAUCAAAAAGUUGGAUCACCAGCUCAGCCUUUGCACUCAGUUGUCCAUGCUAGAAAUGAGGAACAGUAUAGUCAGCUCCAGCGAAGAUGAAGACGGCUUACACCAGUUUCUUCGGGGCACCUCCAGCGUAUCCUCUCUUCAUGUGCCAUCCCCACACCAGCGAGCCUCGGCCAGGAUGAAACCAAUAGAAGAAGGGGUAGAAGACGACGACGAGGUCUUUGAACCUGCAUCUUCAAAUACACUUAAAGUUCGUCAAUGGCCUUGAUCCCAAGAGAGGAUUCAAGUUACCAAGAGGGAAACGGUCUUGGAGAGAUCCUGAAAAAUACCAGCACUUUUUCACGGCUUUUAGAUUUUUUUCUGCUUUCAUACACCCAGCUUGGUAGAGUCUGAGGGUAGGAAAGUGGGGGAGAUUCAAAAAUGGGAAGGUUACCUUCUCUUUUUACUGGUCAGCUUUUAGUUUCACUGAGCCUUCUGACUAAAACGUGUGCUAUUUUUGAGAGAGAUAUUUUCACAGU